AAAUCGUGCUCUGCAGCGCUGCGCGUUUACAUUACCUUCACACAUAAAAUAAUAGUUUUUCUCGUAAAAAGGUGAAUUAAACCAUAACUUGCAAAGAUGUCUUAUAUGUUAGCACAUUUACACAACGGCUGGCAAGUGGACCAGGCCAUUCUCUCCGAGGAAGACCGAGUUGUGGUUAUCCGAUUCGGGCACGAUUGGGACCCCUCCUGCAUGAAAAUGGACGAGGUGCUAUACAGCAUAGCGGAAAAGGUGAAAAACUUUGCCGUCAUCUAUCUGGUGGACAUAACGGCGGUACCGGAUUUUAACAAGAUGUACGAAUUGUACGACCCCUGUACGGUGAUGUUUUUCUUCCGGAACAAGCACAUCAUGAUCGAUUUGGGCACCGGUAACAAUAACAAAAUUAAUUGGCCGCUAGAGGACAAGCAGGAGAUGAUCGACAUCGUGGAGACGGUGUAUCGGGGGGCACGAAAAGGUCGGGGUCUGGUGGUGUCCCCGAAGGACUAUUCGACCAAGUAUCGCUACUAGGUUGAAGGUAUUAUGUUUAGUUUUUCAAAUUAUUUAUGAAUAAGGAUAUGUGUAUGACUGAAAAUUGGAA